GCCGCUGAUUGGCUGUCGGCUGGUAUCCGGUGGGGCAGCGGUCCAGAGGGCUCGGGAAGAGAGAGAAAACCGAAGCGAGGAGGAUCUACUGGUUAUCUGGUACGAGCUUUAAGAGAAAUACCAUCCAUCCCAGAGUCGCUAUCAGAGGGCGGGCUCGGCAGCACAUAUCACAGUCUUUCUUUACAAAGGUUAGAGGUCACAGAGCAGGGUUGUCGUCAUGGCAUCUGGAAGUACGAGCAGCGAGGAGGAGCGGAGCCUGAGGGAGUGUGAGCAGUAUGUGCAGAAACACAACAUUCAACAGCUGCUGAAGGACUGCAUUGUCCAGCUGUGCACCUCCAGGCCGGACCGGCCCAUGGCCUUCCUCAGGGAGUACUUCGAGAGGCUGGAGAAGGAGGAGGCCAAGCAGAUCCAGAACCAGCAGAAGGCAGGCAGUUCCCGUUCAGACUCCCGCGAUGAGGAGGUUUCUCCACCCAUGAACCCCGUGGUGAAGGGUCGCCGGCGGAGAGGAGCCUUCAGCGCAGAGGUCUACACAGAGGAGGAUGCAGCCUCAUAUGUCAGAAAGGUCAUUCCAAAAGACUACAAGACGAUGGCAGCCUUGGCCAAAGCUAUUGAAAAGAACGUGCUCUUCUCACACCUGGACGACAAUGAGAGGAGUGACAUAUUUGAUGCAAUGUUUCCAGUCACCUACAUCGCCGGGGAAACAGUUAUUCUGCAGGGGCCAAGCUGUCAAUCAACUGGCUUUGGGCGGGCCUUCCUGCCCAGACUAAGUGACGAAGGUGACAAUUUCUAUGUUAUCGACCAAGGGGAGAUGGAUGUGUAUGUGAACAAUGAAUGGGUGACCAGCAUCGGGGAGGGAGGCAGCUUCGGAGAGCUGGCCCUGAUAUACGGCACCCCGAGGGCGGCCACGGUUAGAGCCAAGACCAAUGUCAAGCUGUGGGGCAUCGACAGAGACAGCUACAGGAGAAUACUUAUGGGAAGCACUUUGAGAAAGAGGAAGAUGUACGAGGAAUUCCUCAGGAAAGUGUCCAUUUUAGAGUCUCUUGACAAAUGGGAGCGUCUGACAGUCGCCGACGCCUUGGAGCCCGUCCAGUUUGAGGACGGACAGAAGAUUGUUGUGCAGGGAGAGCCUGGAGACGAGUUCUUCAUCAUCUUAGAGGGUUCUGCAGCUGUGUUGCAGCGUCGCUCAGAGAACGAGGAGUUUGUGGAAGUGGGGAGGUUAGGACCCUCUGACUACUUUGGUGAGAUCGCUCUGCUGAUGAACCGUCCCCGCGCCGCCACCGUGGUCGCCCGUGGCCCCCUGAAGUGCGUCAAGCUCGACCGGCCUCGCUUCGAGCGCGUCCUGGGUCCCUGUUCGGACAUUCUCAAACGUAACAUCCAACAGUACAACAGCUUCGUCUCGCUGUCUGUCUGAAGGGGUGUCUCUCUCUCUCUUUCUCUCUCUCUCUCUCUCCCCACCUCCCUCCCUCCUCCCUCCACCCUCCACCCUUCACCCUAUACCCUCUUUCCUUCUUUUAGACCCAGGGUCCACCAAUGCAAUUUGCUUUUUUUGGUCACUUUCUUCUUUCUGUUUCGCUUUUCUCCCUUCUUUGUUUUUCCCUUUUUACACACAUUUUGUUGUUACCACCCGUCACGCCGAGGUGACUUUUCAGCCAUUCACCAGCGCUUGUACCAGCUGCUGUACGCUACCUUGUAGGCACAGUUACAUCACUUGUUACCUAUGUUAUAUAUGUAUUUUGCUGGUUACGCUUUCUUUUUAGACUUAAACACACAAAGCAGGAUUGUUAGGAAAGACAUAAGGGUCUCAGACUUGAUGAGACAGGACAAUCAAACUUUACACGGCGCUUUUUGGUGAAUUUGUUACAGAUUUCUGUUGUAGAUUGAAGUAAAGAGAGGACUCCUUCUUCCCCGUUAAAGAGUUUCCUUUUUGACAUCAGUUAGCCUGAUUAGAUAUACAGCGUAGAGCAGAGCCUAGGUUUCCAGCUACACGACGGCUGUGCUCCAUUUGAUGAUUUUGGUUACCUUUUUGAUCGGCACGAUGAGACGACGGCGAGUCUGUUUUGCUUAAUGCGAGAGAGCUUGUACAACUUUUCAUUUUAUUGUGCAGCUACCAGGCUAGUGCCAAAUUGUUGAUUAUUGUCAAGACGCAAAGAUGCAUAGCCGUGGAAAUGCAGCGCGCGUUCUGUUUCCCUGACUAUUUGGAGCUCCGAACAGGAAGUAGUUAUUAUUAUUACCCUUAUUGUCCUCUUUAAUCGGUAGAACGACCAUACAAGAACUGCCUUGACUACUCUGAGGAAAAAAAUAAAUAAAAAAAAAAGAAAGGAAAAAAAAAAAGUAUUAAGUGUAUUUCAGUAUUCAAUUUUUUUAGUAUAUACCAAAUAACUUGGUCACUCUUCUGCUAUGGUUUGUAAUCAAAAUGUUAUCAUAGUAUAGUUAAAAUCGAUCAUAGUUAUAUUAUUAUCAUUGAUUAAAUGAUAAACUUAUGGUUUGGAGUGAUGGUGAUCUUAAAAAAAUCUGUUUAACUGUCUUUUGUAAACACUUAUUUUUCCAUAAAUUCUAUUUUAGGUGUCCAGUGCCACAAAGUAAAUAAAUGCUUCUUCUUGUCAAACCGACAAAAAACAGUAUGUAAUCGUAUUGUGUAAAACGUCAUGGGUUUUUAAAAAUAGAUCGAAAUGGGUAAUUCCAGGUUUAUUGAAGUGAAGUCUUGAAAAAAAAAAAGAAGGUGGUUUAUGGAUUUCAGGACAUCUGAAGUAUUUAUGUAUUAAAAAGCAUCGCAGGUGAGCUGACGGGCAGAGUGAGCGGAUAUUUAUUUAAAACUAGUGUCAUUGCUUAUUGCCUGUUGAAAAGGUGGCUGUCUUUUCAUCAGAGUAGCUUGUGAUCUGUUCUCUAUGCUUACUUGGCAUGAUGUUUUAGGCAUCCAGUGAUCCGGUAUGAAUGGAAGCGUGUAUUAUUAAAAAAUAAAUCCUGCAGCUGCGUGCAGAAGCAGGAACUUUGUCAAAUAUUUGGUUUGUUACUCCCUAGCUUAACUGCUUCAUGACUAUUUAGAUGGUAUAAAAUGUUUUUUGUUUUUUUUGUUUCUUUUUUAAAAAGAUCUUUACCAAAUCACACACUUCUGGAUUAUAGGCUUAACUCUUCAUUCCUGCCUCACUUGUCUGUUACCAGAAAGAAGUCAUAUGUGUUUCCGUUUCGUCUCAAUCGCAGCAAAAUGCGCUCAGAAUUGAGAUUGUACGUCCAAAAAAGAUUUGAUUUUGGUGCCGAUUGCAGGGUAGUCAGGUUAGUGAGAGGAGUGUUUUGUCAAUGGACAUGAGUAAUAUGUAUGUUACUUUACAGUUAAAUUGAUCAUCUUCAUCUGAUCCACAGGAAAUGACUCCGUUAGGGGGGGGGGGCGUGGGCUCGACUCACCUUUUAUCGAAAUCUUGUUUUUCGUGUAAAUAGCAGCAUCACUGGUUUUAGUCCAAAAAAAAAUGUUUUUAGCCACACUGCAAUCGUCCCGGUUUGCCUUAGCUUACCUAACCUGGGCUUACGGUAGUAGUCAGUCACUCCUGCUAGCCCGACCCUUCAGUGAGUUUGUUAGGCCCGCAGCGCAGAGGAGCUGCAGGCGAUCAGAGGACCAUUCUUUUUCUAUUCUACCCUGUAUUCAGUUUGACCUCCUGUAUGUGCAAAGAUGUUUAUCCUUUUGGUAUAGAUUGUUCCAGAUGGCAGUUUAAGCAAUAAAAAAGUAAAAACGA